CUUCUCUGUCACUCCCUCUGCUCUUCUCUUCCUUUUGGAUUUAACAUUUGGUGUUGACUACUGGGGCUCUCCUCCCAGUAGUGUGGCUUCUUUUUUUCUCCUAGGGAAGAGCAGAUUCUUGAAACAAUGGGCUUCACUCUGCAUUCUAUCUACUUCACCUUGAAGGUGAGUUUGCUGCUGGGCUCCUUGCUGGGUCUCUGUUUGGGUCUGGAGUUCAUGGGCAUCCCCAACCAGUGGGCCCGCUACCUCCGCUGGGAUGCCAGCACUAGGAGCGAACUCAGCUUCCAGUUCAAGACCAAUGUCUCUGCUGGGCUGCUCCUCUAUUUUGAUGAUGGUGGUGUCUGUGACUUCCUCUGUGUGUCCCUGGUUGAUGGGCGCAUCCAGCUGCAGUUCAGUGUGGACUGUGCGGAGACGACAGUUACCACAGACAAGCAGGUGAACGACAGCAGCUGGCACUUCCUGAUGGUCAGCCGCAACCGCCUGCGGACAGUGCUGGUGCUGGAUGGCGAGGCCAAGCCGGGGGAGGUGCGUCCGCAACGCCAGUACAUGAACAUCGUCAGUGACCUCUUCAUUGGGGGAGUCCCGCUGGACAUUCGUCCUGCUGCCUUGACUCUUGAUGGUGUUCUGAGUGAGCCUCCAUUUCAAGGAUUUAUCCUGGAUCUUAAAUAUGGCAAUUCGGAGCCGCAGCUCCUGGGCAGUCAAGGGGUCCGACUGGAAAUGGAAGGACUUUGCUCAGAAAACCCCUGUGAAAAUGGUGGCACUUGCUUCCUUCUGGAUGGCGAGCCACACUGUGACUGCUCAGCCACUGGAUAUGCUGGCAAGCUGUGUUCUGAAGAUGUCAAUCAUAUUCCAGGUCUCUCACACCUGAUGAUGGGUGAACAAGGUAGAAGUAAAGCGCGAGAUGAGAACAUGGCCACGUUCCGUGGCUCCGAGUACCUGUGCUAUGACCUGUCGCAGAACCCCAUCCAGAGCAGCAGCGAUGAGAUCACGCUCUCCUUCAAGACGUGGCAACGCAACGGGCUCAUCCUGCACACGGGCAAGUCGGCUGACUACGUCAACCUGGCCCUGAAGGACGGUGCGGUCUCCUUGGUCAUCAACCUGGGGUCUGGGGCCUUUGAGGCCAUUGUGGAGCCGGUCAAUGGCAAGUUCAAUGACAACGCGUGGCACGACGUUAAGGUGACGCGCAACCUGCGGCAGCACUCAGGCAUUGGACACGCUAUGGUAAACAAACUACAUUGUCUGGUGACAAUCUCUGUGGAUGGCAUCCUUACCACCACGGGCUACACACAGGAGGACUACACCAUGCUGGGCUCAGAUGACUUCUUUUACGUGGGAGGGAGCCCCAGUACUGCUGAUUUACCUGGGUCUCCAGUAAGCAAUAACUUCAUGGGCUGCCUCAAAGAGGUUGUUUAUAAGAAUAAUGACAUUCGUCUGGAGCUGUCUCGCUUGGCACGGAUUGGUGAUACUAAGAUGAAGAUCUAUGGGGAAGUGAAAUUUGUAUGUGAAAAUGUGGCUACACUGGAUCCCAUCAGCUUUGAGACACCUGAGGCCUAUAUUAGUCUGCCUAAAUGGAACACCAAGAGGAUGGGCUCCAUCUCAUUUGAUUUCCGAACCACUGAACCCAAUGGACUGAUCCUUUUCACCCACGGAAAGCCUCAGGAGAGGAAAGAUACCAGAAGCCAGAAAAAUACAAAGGUAGACUUUUUUGCAGUUGAGCUUCUAGAUGGAAACCUCUACUUGCUGCUGGACAUGGGCUCUGGGACCAUUAAAGUCAAGGCCACCCAGAAGAAAGCCAAUGAUGGAGAGUGGUAUCAUGUGGAUAUUCAACGAGAUGGAAGAUCGGGUACAAUAUCAGUGAACAGCCGUCGCACCCCUUUCACCGCUAGCGGGGAGAGUGAGAUCCUGGAUCUGGAAGGUGACAUGUACCUGGGUGGGCUGCCAGAGAACCGGGCAGGGCUCAUCCUUCCCACAGAGCUCUGGACAGCAAUGCUGAACUAUGGCUAUGUCGGCUGCAUCCGAGACUUGUUCAUUGACGGACGAAGCAAGAACAUCCGGCAGCUGGCAGAGGCACAGAAUGCCGCCGGGGUCAAGUCCUCCUGCUCCCGCCUCAGCACCAAGCAGUGUGACAGCUACCCCUGCAAGAACAAUGCAGUCUGCAAGGAUGGCUGGAACCGCUUCAUUUGUGACUGCACUGGCACUGGCUACUGGGGUAGAACAUGUGAGCGAGAGGCCUCUAUCUUGAGCUAUGAUGGCAGCAUGUACAUGAAGAUCAUCAUGCCAAUGGUUAUGCACACAGAAGCAGAGGAUGUGUCCUUCCGUUUCAUGUCCCAGCGUGCCUAUGGGCUGCUGAUGGCCACCACCUCCCGGGACUCUGCUGACACUCUGCGCCUGGAGCUGGAUGGAGGCCGGGUCAAGCUCAUGGUCAAUUUAGACUGUAUCAGGAUAAACUGUAACGCCAGCAAGGGACCUGAAACUCUUUAUGCUGGGCAGAAACUCAAUGACAAUGAGUGGCACACUGUCCGGGUGGUGCGGCGAGGAAAGAGCCUCAAGCUGAUCGUGGAUGAUGAUGUUGCUGAGGGCACAAUGGUUGGUGAUCAUACCCGCUUGGAGUUCCACAACAUCGAGACAGGGAUCAUGACAGAGAAGCGGUACAUCUCCGUCAUCCCUUCCAGCUUCAUCGGGCACCUGCAGAGCCUCAUGUUCAACGGGAUGCUCUACAUCGACCUGUGCAAGAACGGUGACAUUGACUACUGCGAGCUGAAGGCGCGCUUUGGUCUCCGCAACAUUAUAGCUGACCCUGUGACAUUCAAGACUAAGAGCAGCUACUUGAGCUUGGCCACCUUGCAGGCUUAUACAUCCAUGCACCUCUUCUUUCAGUUCAAGACCACCUCAGCUGAUGGCUUCAUCCUCUUUAACAGUGGUGAUGGCAAUGACUUUAUCGCAGUUGAACUAGUCAAGGGGUAUAUACACUACGUGUUUGACCUUGGAAAUGGACCUAAUGUUAUCAAAGGCAACAGUGAUCGUCCUCUGAAUGACAACCAGUGGCACAAUGUUGUCAUUACCAGAGAUAACAGUAACACACACAGCUUAAAAGUGGACACUAAGGUGGUCACUCAGGUUAUCAACGGUGCCAAAAAUCUGGAUCUUAAAGGUGAUCUCUACAUUGCUGGCCUAGCUCAAGGCAUGUACAGCAACCUCCCGAAGCUUGUAGCCUCUCGUGAUGGAUUUCAGGGCUGCCUGGCAUCUGUAGACCUGAAUGGGCGUCUGCCUGACCUUAUCAAUGAUGCUCUGCACCGCAGUGGGCAGAUUGAGCGUGGAUGUGAAGGACCAAGCACUACCUGCCAGGAAGAUUCCUGUGCGAAUCAGGGCAUCUGUAAUCAGCAAUGGGAAGGCUUCACCUGUGAUUGCUCCAUGACUUCAUAUUCUGGGAGCCAGUGUAAUGAUCCUGGUGCCACAUAUAUCUUUGGGAAGAGUGGAGGUCUCAUCCUGUACACCUGGCCAGCUAAUGACAGACCAAGCACAAGGACAGACCGUCUUGCUGUGGGCUUCAGCACAACAGUGAAGGAUGGCAUUCUCGUCCGCAUUGACAGCGCCCCUGGGCUCGGUGAUUUUCUGCAGCUGCACAUAGAGCAAGGCAAGAUUGGUGUAGUCUUCAAUAUUGGCACAGUGGACAUCUCUAUUAAAGAGGAAAGCACACCUGUAAAUGAUGGCAAAUACCACGUAGUACGCUUUACCAGGAAUGGUGGCAAUGCAACACUUCAGGUUGACAGCUGGCCAGUGAAUGAACACUACCCCACAGGCAACACUGAUAGUGAACGGUUCCAAAUGGUAAAACAGAAAAUCCCCUUCAAAUAUAACCGACCUGUAGAGGAGUGGCUGCAGGAAAAAGGACGACAGUUAACGAUCUUCAACACCCAGGCGCAAAUAGCCAUAGGAGGGAAGGACAGAGGGCGUCUCUUCCAAGGCCAGCUCUCCGGGCUCUAUUACAAUGGCCUGAAAGUGCUGAACAUGGCGGCAGAGAACAACCCCAACAUUAAAAUCAAUGGAAGCGUCCGACUCGUUGGGGAAGUCCCUUCCAUCUUGGGAACGACACCCACAACCUCGGUGCCACCGGAAAUGUCGACUACAGUCAUGGAAACCACAACCACGAUGGCGACCACUACCACCCGAAAAAAUCGUUCACCGCCCAGCAUCCAGACAACAGAUGACAUCGUUUCAUCAGCUGAAUGUUCCAGUGAUGAUGAAGAUUUCAUUGACUGUGAGCCCAGUACAGGUAAGUCAGGAGGUGAAUUAGUUAUCCCUCUACUUGUAGAAGACCCUUUAGAUAUCCCUCCUAUUGCUACUCGUGCACCUUUCAUUACACUUCCCCCUACCUUUCGCCCCCUCCUCACCAUUAUUGAGACCACCAAAGAUUCCCUGUCCAUGACCUCUGAGGCGGGGUUACCUUGCUUGUCGGACCAAGGCAGCGAUGGUUGUGAUGAUGAUGGCUUGGUGAUAUCUGGGUAUGGCUCAGGGGAAACCUUUGACUCUAACCUACCCCCUACUGAUGAUGAAGAUUUUUACACCACCUUCUCCUUGGUAACAGAUAAGAGUCUUUCCACUUCAAUCUUCGAAGGUGGCUACAAAGCACACGCACCCAAGUGGGAAUCCAAGGACUUUAGACCUAACAAAGUCUCCGAAACUGGUAGGACUACUACCACGUCUUUGUCCCCUGAGCUGAUCCGCUCCACAGCUUCGUCCUCGACUGUGAUGAUUCCCAAAUUGCCAGCCGGCAAAAUGAAUAACCGUGAGCUCAAACCCCAGCCUGACAUAGUCUUGCUUCCGUUGCCCACUGCCUAUGAGCUAGACAGCACAAAGCUGAAGAGCCCGCUAAUCACUUCCCCCAUGUUCCGUAAUGUGCCCACAGCAAACCCCACGGAGCCGGGAAUCAGACGGGUUCCGGGGGCCUCAGAGGUGGUCCGUGAGUCGAGCAGCACAACGGGGAUGGUCGUCGGCAUUGUGGCUGCUGCCGCCCUCUGCAUCCUCAUCCUCCUGUACGCCAUGUACAAGUACAGGAACAGGGACGAGGGGUCCUAUCAGGUGGACGAGACGCGGAACUACAUCAGCAACUCAGCCCAGAGCAACGGCACGCUCGUGAAGGAGAAGCAGCAGAGCUCAAAGAGCGGCCACAAGAAGCAGAAAAACAAGGACAAAGAGUAUUAUGUGUAAAAAAGAAUAAUUAUUUAUAUAUAAAUAUAGAAAUACUUAAUGAGAUUUAACUGAGAUAUCAGAACCAUUGCAGCGAACGAGAUGAUUGGGAGAUAUCGUUUGUGGGAAAAAGUAUUGGGAAAAAAUUACAGCAGUGACUGUUAAUGUCUAAGUCCUCACUUGGAGUCAGCAAACUUUGCCCUAAUGUAUUAUAAAGCACACUUAGCGUUCUGGAGAUGGCGCGCACAGCUCUGCUCUGUUAGUGAACUUGGACAUCUCCAAAUCUCCUCCUCCGCUGAACUUUCUGCAAAGGUAGAAGACUUCAUGGCUUACUUGUUUCAUAUCUCCAAGUGAGUCUUUAACAAUGUUCGUGAUCCCUGACUGUAUCAAUAAUUUUUCAUUUUACUUAUUUAAAAAAAAAAAAAAAGAAGGAAAAAGAAAAAAAAUAUAAACAUUAUUAAACAACAAAGAUAUAUUGAACAAACUGAUCUGGCCGUGUCCAGCAUACACAUAACUUUUCGAGAUUGGAGGAGGGGAAUAAAUGAGUUUGGAGAUUGUUGGUUUUCUGGUUUGAUUUUGUUUUGUUUCUUGGGUUGCUUUUUGUUUGAUUUCUUUGGUUACUUUGGGUGAGGGAGGGAAGAGUGGAGUGGAAUGAUGUGGGGGGUGACCCAGGACAUGAGAAGAAAUCUCGGAAAAAAAAUCCAUAAUAAAUAAAAAGAGACUAUUACCGUAUAUGAAUUCUAAAGCUACCCAUGGUGUUUACUCUGCAUAUCUGGUUGUAUUGUCUCUAGAAACUGUCAUCUUGUAGUAAGUUGUUUGCUAACAACGCAGUGAAAGUGUCUGAUGAGUGGUGCUGAGGAAAACUGUCAUGGAAAGCUGGUUCUCUUGGAUCUGGCUCCAGUAUUUGCAAUUGAAGAGCAGAUGGGUUUGGGUCUGUUCUGAUCAGUCAUUGGCUUUAUUUGAGUAUAGCACUCGGUAUGCAUUUGACAACCAAAGUAUGGUUAAUAGGAUUUGGAGAUUCAAAAAAGAAUGCUUAAAAGUUUUUACCUGUUCUGAACUGGAUAUACUGUGCAAAAGUAAAGGAGCCUUCCUCUGGGAUCUGGUUCUGUGACACUGCAAUGCAUGCAAAAAUAAUGAUAAAUCAGUUUAAUAAAGUGAUCAGAAAGACACCAGUGGAGUUCAACUUGUGACGAGACCAAUGAACAUCAGAAAAGCUAAACACUUGUAAAAGAAUGCAAAUUACAUAGUUUUUUUGACAUAUAAAUGUUUUUCAUAUGUAAUAUUUUAAUUUUGUAGCUUGACAUUUCAGAUCAUCUCUGUCUUUCCAUUUGCCCUAUUCUGCCUUUUCCUUCUCUUUUAUAUAAAAGAAAAUAAAUAAAGCUGCUGUGACACACAAAAAAUAAAAAAGAAAAAUUAAUUUAAUAUAUAUAUAUAUAUACACACAGAUAUAUUUAUCAUGGUAUGUUUGAUGGAACGGCUGGAACAGAAGUUCUGCAGUUUGGUCUUAAUGUGGAAUGAGAAUGUUCUUAAAGAACAGAGUAAAAAGAAACAGACAACAAAAGCAAACCUUAAAAUGUGGAGGGAGAGUGUGUUUUAGCUUUGUCACAGUUACCUGUGUCAAAAAAAAAAAAAACUGAAAUUUUGUUUACAUAUUUUACUACUAUUUUUUUGCUAGUAUAAUUUCUAUAUGGAUACCCUAAUGGUGUAUAUACUGUUUUAUGGUUAAAUUGGGAAUGUCUUAUGUUUUAUUUAACUUAUUUAAUUUGGUUGUUCGGUUUCUACAUUUUCCCAGUUAUUGUGAAAAGGAUUAUCUUACUGUACAGAACAAUAGUGAAGUGGUUUGACGGCCAUGUCUAUCAUGUGCACAAAAGUAGAUGAGGGAGAGAGAGACAGAGUGGGAAACAACAGAAACCAUGAUGGGUUGAGAACCCUGGAAUAUCAGAAAUGAAAACUUUUGCUGUAUGCGGAUGAAAACUAAUCAGCUGUUUAGGUUUAGAAAUCUACUCUUGCUGGUGUUUAUAAGUCGCAUGAAUAUUUGACUUUGAAGAAGUUUCAUCAGAUACACACACGCACAUGGGAACUUAAAUUCAGAAAAACAGUCUUCUCAAACACUUAGAGAAGGCGCUUUCAUGUUGACAAAUAUAUUCAGUGCGUGUAUGUGUGCGUGUGUGUGUGGUGCGUGUGUGCGUGUGUGAGGUUGAGCUUUUUUCUUUUUUAUUUUUUAUACUAAAAAGAAAAAAAGACAGGUUUUAAAAAGGUAUGAAAGCACGAUUUUAGAUGAAUUAACUGGCCGAAACUAUAUAAAAGUUGAUUAUAUCUUGAUGUCUGUAAAAGAUUGCUGUUCUUGGAGUCUUGGAGUCUUGUGAAAUGAUUUCCUGCUUUCUUUCUUCCUUUCCUUUUUGCUUUCCUUUUUUAAGUUAAAGGAAAAAAUAUUUACACUUUCCUUUUUUGUGUAAGUUUCUAUUGGACAGGUUUUGGGAACAUGUGCAUUUCUGUAUGUGGGCUACUACCAUAUCCCUGUUGCUUUAUGGACAACCUGGAGAAAUUUCAUUUGAGUUAUCGUGAUGUUAUUGCUUUUUUUCCUUUUUUUUUCUUCUUCUUUUUGAUUCUUUUUCUUUUCUUAGUUGCAGUUUGUUUAAAGAUAUGCUUAGCAAUAAAAUGUUCUUCCCAAAGCCCUGGAUCUUGCUGCAUUUUUAUUUCCAAAAGACUUCAGGGAAAUUCCAGACCUU